UGGUUUGUGUUUACAGCUGCACUGUUGCUGGCUAAUGUUCUGCGCUGUUAUGUCAAGCCUCUCUGGAAUAAAAAGCUUUUGUGGAAACAGAUCGUGGGGAACGGCAGUGAGCAGCAGUUACAGCAGGAGCUGGAAGAUGUUCUAAUGGACCCUUCAGUAACUGAAUUGGUGGGUGGACCGGACCAUCUGGGAGGGGCCAAGCAUGGCUAUCCCACUACAGCUGUGCCACCACGGUCCGGCCCAAUACCCCCUAAACUUGAGAUGGUGCUGCCCAUUCAAGGAGCUCAGGAGAGUGAACUCAACGAGAGAUCUUACAGGGAUGAGCCCUCUGACUUGAGUCCGGGUACCCCUGUCCCAGAUGAAGACAGCGUGGUGUUCAGUAAGCUGACGUAUUUAGGCUGUGCGUCAGUGAACGCCCCGCGCAGUGAGGUGGAGGCUCUGCGUAUGGUCAGCAUCCUCCGCAGCCAGUGCCAGAUGCCCCUGGAUGUCACCCUCUCUGUGCCCGGAGUCUCAGAGGGCACCGUCAGGCUGUUGGAUCCUCAGACCAGCACUGAGAUUGCCAACUACCCCAUUUACAAGAUCCUCUUCUGUGUUCGCGGCCACGACGGCACGCCGGAGAGCGACUGCUUCGCCUUUACCGAGAGCCACUACAACACUGAGAUCUUCCGCAUCCACGUCUUCCGCUGUGAGAUCCAGGAGGCGGUCAGCCGAAUACUCUACAGCUUUGCCACAGCUUUCCGCCGAUCAGCCAAUAAAGCACCGCUCGCAGCCAAGGCUCCGCCCCUUACGCCAGACAGCGACGUCUUCACCUUCACCGUCAGCCUGGAGAUCAAAGAGGAUGAUGGGAAGGGCACAUUUAGUGCCGUAUCAAAAGACAAGGACAGACAGAGCUUCAAACUGCGGCCAGGCAUGGUCAAAAAGAUUGUGAUCUACGUCCAGCAGACAUCCAACAAAGAGCUGGCCAUCGAGAGGUGUUUUGGUUUGCUUUUGAGCCCGGGCAAGAACGUGAAGAACAGUGAUAUGCACCUGCUCGACCUGGAAUCAAUGGGCAAGAGUUCUGAUGGGAAGUCUUACAUCAUCACAGGGAGCUGGAAUCCCAACACUCCUCAGUUUCAGGCCGUGAAUGAGGAGACGCCCAAAGAUAAGUUCAUGUACAUGACGACGGCGGUGGACCUGGUGAUCACGGAGGUGGAGGAGCCUGUGCGCUUCCUGCUGGAGACGCGGGUUCGGGUGUGCUCACCCAACGAGAGGCUCUUCUGGCCCUUCAGCAAACGCAGUUACACCGAGACCUUCUAUCUCAAACUCAGACCGAUGGAGAACAAGGAGAGGAAGAGCAACUCAGACACGCUGUAUGAAGUGGUGAGUUUAGAGAGCGAGACCGAGAGAGAGAGGAGGAAGACCACAGCGAGCCCCGGCAUCCUGUCGUCUGGCUCUCAUGGCUCUAUGGUGCCCUCACCUCCUGAGGAUGAUGAGGAGGAAGACAAUGACGAGCCGUUAUUGAGUGGAUCUGGAGACGUGUCUAAGGAGUGCGGUGAAAAAAUUCUGGAAACUUGGGGAGAUUUACUGUCUAAAUGGCAUCUGAACCUGGCCGUGCGACCCAAACAGCUCCCGGCGCUGGUGCGCAAUGGUGUUCCAGAGGCCUUGAGAGGGGAGGUGUGGCAGCUACUGGCCGGAUGUCAUAACAAUGACCAUCUGGUGGAGGAGUACCGUACACUCAUCACUAAGGAAUCCCCACAGGACAGUGCCAUCACUCGUGAUAUUAACCGUACGUUUCCUGCACACGACUACUUUAAAGACACGGGCGGUGACGGGCAGGACUCUCUCUAUAAGAUCUGUAAGGCAUACUCUGUGUAUGAUGAAGAAAUUGGUUACUGUCAAGGCCAGUCUUUCCUUGCUGCUGUGUUGCUACUACACAUGCCAGAGGAGCAGGCGUUCAGCGUGCUGGUCAAGAUCAUGUUUGAAUACGGUCUCAGGGAGCUCUUCAAGCAGAACUUUGAAGACCUGCACUGCAAGUUCUUCCAGCUGGAGAGACUCAUGCAGGAAUGCAUUCCAGACCUGUACACACACUUCCUGAACCUGAGUUUGGAAGCACACAUGUAUGCCUCCCAGUGGUUCCUCACGCUCUUCACAGCCAAAUUCCCUCUUUACAUGGUCUUUCACAUCAUAGACCUUCUGCUGUGUGAGGGCAUCAGUGUCAUUUUCAACGUGGCCCUUGCAUUAUUGAAGACAUCUAAAGACGACCUGCUGCAGACGGACUUUGAGGGCGCACUGAAGUUCUUUCGAGUGCCAGUGCCCAAACGCUAUCGCUCUGAGGAGAACGCCAAGAAGCUCAUGGAGCUAGCAUGCAGCAUGAAGAUCAGUCAAAAGAAGCUGAAGAAGUACGAGAAGGAAUAUCACACCAUUCGAGAGCAGCAGGAACAGCAGGAGGCGCCCAUCGAGAGAUAUGAGAGAGAAAACCGGCGGCUACAGGAUGCUAACAUGCGUCUGGAGCAAGAAAAUGACGAUUUGGCUCAUGAGCUGGUCAGCAGUAAGAUUGCCCUGAGGAAAGACCUGGACAACGCCGAGGAGAAAUCUGACGCACUCAACAAAGAGCUUCUCAUCACUAAACAGAAACUGGUGGAAUCUGAAGAUGAGAAGAGACGACUGGAGGAAGAGUCAGCACAGCUGAAGGAGAUGUGUCGGAGAGAACUGGAUAAAUCUGAGUCUGAGAUCAAGAAGAACGGCUCCAUCAUUGGAGAAUACAAACAGAUCUGCUCUCAGCUCAGCGAGCGGCUGGAGAAACAGCAGACGGCCAACAGAGGAGAGCUGGAGAAGAUCCGGGUGGGUGAUGACUCAAACAAACACACACACAAUUGGGUAUGGAUGGGUUUGGGUGGAGAGUGUAUGAUGUUUGGGCCGUUUCUGUGCGGUGGAGACAGCCUGGUCAAGCCUGGAGUGGUACGACAGUUUAGAGCCACACAACCUGAUGGUUCUAGAAGUCAGAGAAGAGAUCUUGAGGACCCAAGUGAAUAA